AUGGAUGACCGUGCUCGUUUGGAACCACCUCUACCUAUGGGUUCUGGUAUUACGAGUAUUUUGGAUGGUGGAAAAGAGUUAGAAUUGAGUAGUCGUUCUGACCGUUGGCAAGUACUGCCUGCUAAAAACCGUUUACGUGACCAAAAGGCUGCAAACCAAAAGGUGUCAGCCUUCCUCGUUUUAGCACCGCGAGCAGGUAACAAGCAGGAAGGCGACCGUAUGAUCAUAGUCAAACAGAACGCACAAGGAGACCAAGAAGCCACAGUACAAUCAUUGCCACCUCUAGACGUACUCAAUCAAAUGGUCACCGAAGCACUCAGCCAGGACCAGGAUAGACAACCCACUAAAUCCUUCGACAAAAAACGCAAACGACUUGGCCACUCCGUUACUUCCACUAACGGUACCACCACUACCGGUACCACCACUAACGGUACCACCACUACCAGUGAUAUACAGAAACAACUCCAGGACGCCGAAGACGUAGACCUCCUGCCGGUGGAAAUCACUGAGGCCGAAAAAGUUGGGACUAAAACUGCGCUCGUGACCGAAGACGGUGUGACCGAAGACGGUGUGACCGAAGACGGUGUGACCGAAGACGGUGUGACCGAAGACGGUGUGACCGAAAAGGAUCAGAACCCGGUGGACGAUGAUGACAUGACGACGCGGCGGGAAGUGCGUCCACCGACCAAAUCGGAUUUGCAUUUGCUGGAAUUGUUAAAUCUCGCACAUCGCGAGUUUGAGCCAAGUAGUCCCGUUGACGUGGAACGGUUGGACCAAUUGGUUGACGCCUUAGUGAUUGAGUUUCUGGACCCGACGGGCGUGGGCGCCAGUCCUGGCGAUGGCGAAACUACUGCUGAGGGCGAAAUUGACUACGCACUUGACGAAGCCGCUUAUAAUGACACGGACACCCCAGCACCACCGGACGGGCCGCAAUUCGUACCACUGCCCGGCGUCGAGGACCUCGCGCAACGGCCGCCCUCAAAGGUACCGGGUGUCGUACUCGUUCGCGAGCAAGAAGACCAAGACGCACUACGUCCAGAGGACAUAUAG